CCCUUGUACUUCCCACUAUGCUUAGAAUGAUGCAAUGUGUGGAGUAAUCAUAUGGACUGCUCAAAGAUCAUACGAUUAAAUUUCCUGUUUACGUUUGCAUUUAUUUCUUCUGGUAGCGUUAGGAAAAUCGUGGAACAAAUCGGAGAGUCAGGACCGUUUCGUCGACAUUUGAUAUCAAUGCAAAAGUUUUGCAUCGAUUAGAAAACUUAGAAACCUGAAUCAGGGACAGAGUUCAUCCGUCCAAGAGUUUUCGAUAUAAUUUUCUACCGGUCAUUCACCAUCACCGCAAUUGCUAUAACCACUGUUCAUGUUUUUUUGUGAAAAGAUCAACGAAGAAGUAUCGAAUAUUAUUGAUCAUUCAUCGAAGAGUAUUUGCGAGUUUUCUUGAAUUUUGAUUCAGAUCAAAACCAAAAGAGAAGAAGAACUGUUAAAAAAAUCCGGUGAGACCGAAAAUGGCAGCUAAAGAAACUAAGGAUGACACGGCUGCAUCUUCAACAACUAAAUUUUACACACGAGCCGAAGUUGCGAAACAUACCGAUUCCAAGGACGUAUGGAUCAUUAUCCAUAACAAUGUCUACAAUGUUACUCGAUUCCUUGAGCAGCAUCCUGGAGGUGAGGAAGUUCUUACAGAGCAAGCUGGACGUGAUGCUACGGAACCUUUUGAGGACAUUGGACAUUCAUCGGAUGCAAGAGAAAUUAUGUCAUCUUAUAAAAUCGGGGAACUACUAGAGGAAGAAAAGAUAGAAGAUUUAACUAAAUCUUCAAAUAAGAACGGGCCUUCUGGCAAUGACGAUAAUUCUAGUUCUUGGCGGUCUUGGGUAAUCCCAAUUGUCCUCGGAGUGCUCGCUACUCUCGUUUAUCGUUACUUCAUUACUGCACAUUAAAACAUUCCGACCUUACUUUUUUUAUCUAUGUUGUCUAUUUACUUGUUAAGGACUAAUAAAUAUGUAUACAUACAUAAUA